CGUGCGCGGCGGGGACGCGGCGGGGACGCGGCGGGGACGCGGCGGCGAGGGGGCGAAGCGCGGCCGGAGCCCCGCCGGCUGCGCAGGCCUGGGCGGAGCGCCGGACGCGGCCAUGGAGCCCGCCGCGGGCUUCGGCGAGGACGCCAAGGACCUGGACUUCUACGACUUCGAGCCGCUGCCCACCCUGCCGGAGGACGAGGAGAACGUGUCCCUGGCUGACAUCCUCUCCCUACGGGACAGCGGCCUCAGCGAGCAGGAGGCCUGGGCCGUGUGCCUAGAGUGCAGCCUGUCCAUGCGGAGUGUGGCCCACGCUGCCAUCUUCCAGACCUUAUGUAUCACUCCUGACACCCUGGCCUUCAACACCAGUGGAAAUGUGUGCUUCAUGGAGCAGCUCAGCGAUGACCCUGAGGGUGCCUUUGUCCCCCCAGAGUUUGACCUGACGGGAAACACCUUCGAGGCUCACAUCUACUCCCUGGGGGCAACACUGAAGGCGGCCCUGGAGUACGUGGCAGAACCCGAGCUGGAGCCCAGGCUAAGCCCAGAGCUGGAGGCACUGCUGAGCCAGAUGCAGGCAGAAGACCCCAGGGACCGGCCAGACCUCGAGAGCAUCAUAGCCCUGUGUGAGGAAAAGGUGCAGCCCACAUCCUCCUGCCGCCUGUGCCGAAGCCUCUCAGCCAUUGGGAGGAGGGUGCUCUCCAUCGAGUCUUUUGGAGCACUUCAGGACAUCAGCGAGAAUGCCUGGAGAGGGAGACCAGCUCUGAGACCUGCUACAGGGCCCAAGAGGCCAUCUGGAGACUUCAGCACUGACCCAGAGGCCCUGUCCACCCAAGAGAGCCUGCCCCAGCCCUCUGCCUCGGGAGAUAAAGAAGGGGAGGCUGACCGGGGCUCCAGACCUUCACCCAUGAAGACACUGCUAUCGGUCCCCAUGAAAAAUGGCGAGAGCCUUGGCCAGGAAGAGCUAGCCAGCCUUGUUCUGGAUGCCAGGUGCUCCCUUGGUGAACUAGACAGAGAUGUCCUCAAGCGGAGCCAGCUGCGGAAAGUGAAGACAUUCCCCAGGCUGCUGUCAGAAGGCCCUGAGGCCAGCACUCUCUGCCUGUCACUGGCUAGCUCAAAGAAACAGCUGACCUUAGCUGAAUUCUUCCCCUCAGACCCUAGGAAGGGCUUUCUGGAAGGGAAAAAUGGCCUCUCUAGCUUCAAGGCACAGCACAAAAGCAGACUGUGGCUUGAGCAGGAACCCAAACUCCAGCUGGAAUGGGCACCAGGAACUGGCUGCCACAAAGACAAAGGAGGAUCUGGGGCCUCGAGACAAGUAGAGGACUCAUCCUCUGACCAGAGACCUGCGGAGAAUAAUAGAUUCCCACUCUGUCCUGUGGACCCUGGAGAUGCAGACCAUGAUGUGCCAGCUUCUGGGGGUGAAGAAGGAAUUCCAGAAGAGGCCAGCCCUCAAACAAGUACAGCAGCAACUGAGCAGAGCCUGUCUCUGCAGGACCUCCUGUCCAAGCUGAGCCGGCCCUUCAGGGAGUAUGAGCUCUGGGCCCUGUCCCUGGCCUGCCUGGGCACUCUGCAGAGACACAGGGAACACCCAGCCCCGCUGUGCCUGGACAACGUGCUGGUGGCGGCCGACGGGGCGGUGCUCUUCGGGCCUCCGCCCACCCACGGCGCCCACGACUCCUUCUUCCUGGCUCCCCGAGACACCAGAGCCCCUGCUCUGUGCACUCGCUACGCCCGCCCUGACAGCCAGCUGUUCACCCCUGGGCAGCCAGCCACUGCUUGGGAGGUCCAGCUGAGCAGGUGCUGUGUGGGCCGGGCCUCUGUAUACUGCGUGGCCGCUGUCCUGUGGACAGCAGCCAAGUUCAGUGUUCCCCGUGACCACAAGCUGGCCCUGCCACGCAGGCUCAAGAGCCUCCUCCUGGACAUGGCCAGGUGCCGUGCCUCAGAGCGGCCAUCCGCAGCUGAAGCCAUCAAGGUAUGUGGGAGCUACCUCCUUCAGCGAGGCAUGGACAGCAGGAAGAUUCUGGCCCACCUGUGGGCCUCCACCUGCAAGAUCCACCCAGAGGAAGAGGCCACUGGCCUCCAGAACACGUUCUCUGUCGUUGAGCUGAAGCGGUGCACAACUCCUGUUCCUGAGCCCUGCCCAGGCUUCCUGCCUAUCAGCAGUGACACCAGGCUUAUGGCUGGGCCAGGGCCAACCUCCUGCCAUGAAGGAGCCUGUGAGCUUCCAGCAGCUGUCACCUCUGAGGCCACUCUCUUUAAGCCCAUUGUCCUUGCUCAGGAUGCAGGUGUGGCCAGAGAUCAGCUCACCUCACCCACAGGGACAACUGAGAGGCCCAAGGAGAGGAGCAGCCCGCUGGACAGGGAGAACACAGGAAAGCAGACAGCACAGGAACUUUCUGGGGCCAGCAGGCCUGAUCAGCUGGUGGCUGACCCAGGGCCACCGGGAGCAGCCGUGGGAUCUGCGGAGGCCUCCAUGCCUUGUGGCUCAGCCCCCGAGGGUGCCUGCCCUCCAGGCCUCAUCCUUACUGCACAGCAAGAAGGGGACACACCAGCAACCCCGCCUCGGGAGGCCCCAGCCUCGUCCCCCCAGCACAAGUCAGAUGGGCAGGCCCCAUCCAGAACCACUCCACCCCCAGGAGGCCUCUUGGGCAGCCACAGUCCACAUCCCCCAAGAAAGCCUCCCAGGAGCAAGGCCACUGAGCCAGACGCCUCCCGGCUGGCUGCCCGGGACCCCAUCCUGGCUGUAGCGAGUCCAAACAGCCCCAGGGGCCAAGAGAGCCAUCUGGACAGGCCUCGGCCAUCAGACCGAAAGCGCUGUCCCUCCAGCGUGGACACCUCGUCCCCUCCUAAGACGGCCGCCUGCCCCUCCCUGCAGGAGGCCAUGCGCCUCAUCCAGGAGGAGUUUGCCUGCGACGGCUACCUGGACAACGGGCUGGAGGCACUGAUCAUGGGGGAGUACAUUUAUGCCUUGAAAGACCUCACCUUUGCCACCUUCUGUGGUGCCAUAUCUGAGAAGUUCUGUGACCUGUACUGGAAUGAGCAGUUGCUGCAGAAUCUCUUCAGAGUGGUCAACGGGCCAGCCUCGGCCCCCAAGAGCACUCCUGAGGAGCAGAGGCCUCCACCCCCAAACUCACCUGGCAGCUGCACAAUCUCCAGCAAAAGGCCCUCGCUGCACAGGCCUGGCAAUGAGAAGCCAGCUGCGGCGCGUGGCAAUGGAGGCCCCUGCUCCCCCACAGCCCUGUCUGACAGAGACUCCGAUGUGCUCUUACAAGGAAACUUUGAGGUGGGAUUUCGGCCUCAGAAGUCAAUUAAGACUGCAGGAGAGCACCAACCCAAGGCAGAAGCGGACAGGCAGCAAGGCCCAGGCCUGAAGCCAGCUGGCAGGGCCUCAGAGCCAGACUCAGUGGCACGGCUGAGCAAACCGGAGGAGAGCGGCCGCGCUGCAUCACCAGGCCCAGCUGAGUUCCAGAGCUGCAGCCCCGGCUGGUCCAGCGCCUUCUAUGAGGCCGACUGCUUUGGUGCUGAUGUCUACAACUAUGUGAAGGAUCUGGGGAGGCGGACGGCCAAUGGACACCUAGAACCCGAAGCCCAGAGCCCAGAACUGGAACAGCAGCUCAUGAUAGAGAAAAGAAACUACAGGAAGACCCUGAAGUUCUACCAGAAACUCUUACAGAAAGAAAAGCGGAGCAAAGGCUCCGAGGUGAGGACCAUGCUGUGUAAGCUUCGAGGGCAGCUGGAGGAAAUGAAGUCCAAGGUGCAGUUCCUCAGCCUGGUCAAGAAGUACUUACAGGUCCUGUAUGCAGAGCGCUGGGGCCUAGAGCCCUGCUCCCUGCCCGUGAUUGUGAACAUCGCAGCAGCCCCCUGCGACACACUGGACUUCAGCCCCCUGGAUGAGUCCUCCUCCCUCAUAUUCUACAACGUCAACAGGCCCCCGUGUGGGGGCCAGCAGAAGGCCCGCAUCCUGCAGGCUGGCACACCUCUGGGGCUCAUGGCCUACCUCUACUCCAGCGAUGCUUUCCUUGAGGGCUAUGUUCAGCAGUUCCUCUACACCUUCCGGUACUUCUGCACACCACAUGACUUCUUGCACUUCCUCCUGGACCGCAUCAGCAGCACCCUGUCCAGGGCCCACCAGGACCCCACCUCAACCUUCACAAAGAUCUACCGACGGAGCCUCUGUGUCCUGCAGGCCUGGGUGGAAGAUUGCUACACUGUGGACUUCACAAGGAAUGCGGGGCUGCUGGGGCAGCUGGAGGACUUUAUCUCUUCCAAGAUCCUGCCCCUGGAUGGCUCUGCUGAGCAUCUGCUGGACCUCCUGGAGGUAGGCACUGACCAGCGGGCUGACUGUGCCUCACGAGGCACAGACCUAGAGGACCCCAAGGAGGCCGAGGAGGACACCAGACCCUUUAACGCCCUCUGCAAGAGGUUCUCUGAGGAUGGCAUCUCCCGGAAGAGCUUCUCCUGGAAGCUUCCUCGGGGCAACGGGCUAGCACUGCCGCACAAGGAACGCCAGUACACCAUCGCGUCAGCCCUGCCCAAGCCCUGCUUCUUUGAAGACUUCUAUGGUCCCUAUGCCAAAGCCAGUGAGAAGGGGCCCUACUUCCUGACGGAGUACAGCACCCACCAGCUCUUCACUCAGCUCACGCUGCUGCAGCAGGAACUGUUUCAAAAGUGCCACCCUGUCCAUUUCCUAAACUCACGGGCCCUGGGUGUCAUGGACAAAAGUGCAACCCUCCCCAAAGCCAACUCUUACGAGUCUCUGUCUACCAAGACCUGCAGCCUAUUCCUACCCAAUUAUGUCCAGGACAAGUACCUGCUACAGCUUUUAAGAAACGCAGAUGAUGUCAGCACCUGGGUAGCUGCUGAGAUCGUGACAAGCCCCACCUCCAAGCUGCAGGUGAACUUGCUGUCCAAAUUCCUGCUAAUUGCGAAAUGUUGCUAUGAGCAGAGGAACUUUGCGACGGCCAUGCAGAUCCUGGGAGGGCUGGAGCACCCGUCUGCAAGGCAGUCCCCUGCCUGGCGAAUCCUUCCUGCAAAGAUCGCCGAGAUCAUGGAGGAGCUGAAAGCUGUGGAGGUCUUCCUGAAGAGUGACAGCCUGUGUCUGAUGGAAGGACGGCGCUUCCGGGCCCAGCCCACUCUGCCCUCUGCCCGCCUCCUGGCCAUGCACAUCCAGCAGCUGGAGACAGGGGGCUUCACCAUGACCAACGGAGCCCACAGGUGGAGCAAGCUCAGAAACAUCGCCAAGGUGGCCAGCCAGGUGCACGCCUUCCAGGAGAAUCCCUACACGUUCAGCCCAGACCCCAAGCUCCAGGCUCACCUCAAGCAAAGGAUUGCCCGCUUCAGCGGGGCCGACAUUUCCAUCCUAGCAGCAGACAACAGAGCCAACUUGCACCAGAUCCCCAGCGAGAGGCAUUCCCGGAAGAUUCAGGACAAACUGCGGAGGAUGAAAGCCACAUUCCAGUAGCCAAGGGUGCCGCUGGUGCAGGUCCUAGCUCUGGGUGCGGGUCUGAGCACUGGGCACAGGUCCGAGCAGGACCAGACCUGCAGGAAGCAGCCAGGGGUGGAGGAAACAAGGAGGGCAGCUGCUUGGGUUCUGCACCUGAAGGCGUGGAGGACUCCUCCACCACCUCCAGAUCCCAAAGGGGCCUCAGAGGGGCCCCACAGGGAGGGCAGAGCCUGUUCCAAACCUGACCUCGCCCAACCCUGGGACCAGGGGGGCACCAGCGUUCAGUGCAUCUGCUGGAAUUUAACAGUUAAUCUAGACAAACCAGAAGUAGUGGUGUAAUGCCUGUAAUUCCCGCACUUGGGAGGCUGAGGUAAGAAGAUGGUGAGACCUGGGCUACACAGCAAGACCCUGAAAAUUACCUUAAAAUGUAAAGAGAAUAAGUAAACUUUCCCUCAUCUCCACUUGUGUCUCUCCUAGACAAAUGGCUGUCAUCUCUUCUUCAGAGACGCUCUCUCUCUAAGUCCCAACAACCCUCCCCC